AUGGUCCUUCAUAAGAAGAACCUUCCUAUAGAGAUGGUGCUUCAUAAGAAGAACCCUCCUAUAGAGAUGGUCCUUCAUAAGAAGAACCUUCCUAUAGAGAUGUUGCUUCAUAAGAAGAACCUUCCUAUAGAGAUGGUGCUUCAUAAGAACCUUCCUAUAGAGAUGGUGCUUCAUAAGAACCUUCCUAUAGAGAUGGUCCUUCAUAAGAAGAACCUUCCUAUAGAGAUGGUGCUUCAUAAGAAGAACCCUCCUAUAGAGAUGGUGCUUCAUAAGAACCUUCCUAUAGAGAUGGUGCUUCAUGAGAAGAACCCUCCUUUAGAGAUGGUGCUUCAUGAGAAGAACCCUCCUAUAGAGAUGGUGCUUCAUGAGAAGAACCCUCCUAUAGAGAUGGUGCUUCAUGAGAAGAACCCUCCUAUAGAGAUGGUGCUUCAUAAGAACCCUCCUAUAGAGAUGGUGCUUCAUAAGAAGAACCUUCCUAUAGAGAUGGUGCUUCAUAAGAAGAACCCUCCUAUAGAGAUGGUACUUCAUAAGAACCCUCCUAUAGAGAUGGUGCUUCAUAAGAAGAACCUUCCUAUAGAGAUGGUGCUUCAUAAGAAGAACCCUCCUAUAGAGAUGGUCCUUCAUAAGAAGAACCUUCCUAUAGAGGUGGUGCUUCAUAAGAAGAACCUUCCUAUAGAGAUGGUCCUUCAUAAGAAGAACCCUCCUAUAGAGAUGGUGCUUCAUAAGAAGAACCCUCCUAUAGAGAUGGUGCUUCAUAAGAAGAACCCUCCUAUAGAGAUGGUCCUUCAUAAGAAGAACCUUCCUAUAGAGAUGGUGCUUCAUAAGAAGAACCCUCCUAUAGAGAUGGUGCUUCAUAAGAACCCUCCUAUAGAGAUGGUGCUUCAUAAGAAGAACCUUCCUAUAGAGAUGGUGCUUCAUAAGAAGAACCUUCCUAUAGAGAUGGUGCUUCAUAACAAGAACCCUCCUCUAGAGAUGGUGCUUCAUAAGAAGAACCUUCCUAUAGAGAUGGUGCUUCAUAAGAAGAACCCUCCUAUAGAGAUGGUCCUUCAUGAGAAGAACCUUCCUAUAGAGAUGGUGCUUCAUAAGAAGAACCCUCCUAUAGAGAUGGUGCUUCAUAAGAACCCUCCUAUAGAGAUGGUGCUUCAUAAGAAGAACCUUCCUAUAGAGAUGGUGCUUCAUAAGAAGAACCCUCCUAUAGAGAUGGUGCUUCAUAAGAACCCUCCUAUAGAGAUGGUGCUUCAUAAAGGCCUGAUUCCACCGGAGGCGUCGGUGGGCCGCUGCGCCUGCACGAUGAGGUGA